AGAGGGUACAGAGGGACAUUCCACAGUUGCCUGCUGACUUUUCCCUGCCGGUUGUGGCCGGGAUGCUGCCCAGCUGAAGAGGGACCCACGGGGAGGAUCUGAGCAGCCCCAGGGAAGAUCAAGGGGGAGUGCCAGCCCCGAGUGUCCCCUCGGCCGCCCGGGAGAGGCUCCUGGCCCCAGGCGGGGCGCGGGGCCAGGCUGGGCUCGCUCCCCCCGCCCGGCCCGGAUGACAGAUGCCUGCAGUGGAGGAGAACCUGCUGCAGCUCCCACUUCCAGCCUGGAUGCCUCCGACCCGGAGCUGCACUAUGAGGAGGAGGAGGAGGAGGAGGAGACGUCGUCAGGAUCCUCGGAGCCCUCGGACAGCAGCAGCAUCUUCUCUGAUGACUCUGUGUACCCGUGCUAUGAGGCGUCCCCAGAGGCUGCCGGUGCCGGGUUCCUCAGCCUCUACCAGUGCUGUGCCAGGAAUGAUGCCAAGCUGGUGUGGGACAGGCUGGAGCGUGGGGUGACCCGGAGUGAGGCCACAGAGCUGGACAUCAACGGGAGGAACGGGCUGAUGGUCGCCUGCUCCAAGGGCUUUGUGGACAUUGUGCCCCUGCUGCAGAGGUGUCCCUACAUCAACGUCAACCAGCAGGACAACGAUGGGAACACGGCCCUGAUGAUGGCUGCCCAGGCAGGACACAUCACCAUCGUCAACUACCUCCUCAACUACUACCCGGGUCUCGAGGUGGACCAGCGAGACCCGCGGGGUCUGACGGCGCUGAUGAAGGCGGCGGUGCAGGGGCGGCAGGACUGCGUCACCGCCCUGCUCCUGGCGGGAGCUGACCUGCAGGCCGUGGAUGCCGUGAAGGGGAAGACAGCCAGGGAAUGGGCGAAUUUCACCGGCCGCUUCGAGACCACCGUGCGCAUCCGGAGCCUCCUGCGGCGCCCGCGCGCGGAGCAAUUCGGAGCCCAGUACCAGCCCGAGUGGCCGGCCCUGGCCGAGCUGGUGGCCAAAGCCCUGAGCCCCAAAUCCAGGAGCAAGAGGCUGUCGGAGAAGAUCCGAUCCAUCUUCACCUUCAACAUCCCCCGCAAUCCCGAGGAGGACGGUGUGAUGGACCACAUGGUGAGGAUGACCACGUCCCUCGCCAGCCCUUUCGUGGCCACCGCUUGCCAAACCAUCUGCCCCGACAGCCCGCCCGAGGUGGGCAAGCGCAGGCUGUCGGUGCCGGAGAUCCUCGGGCAGCACGUGCCGGAUCCAGACACCGAAUCCCAAACGUCCUCGCGCCCCAGCACCGCGGGAUCGUCCUGCAACGGCCAAGCCACGUCCGAGGUGCGGCCGCUGCCGCCGCCACGGCCGCCCAGCCGCCUCCUGAGCUUCCUGCCCCUGUGGCUGCGGCGUGGGAACAGCAUCUUCCCCGGGGAGCCCGUCCCAAAAAUCAAAGUGAGCAAAGCCUCGGGCUCGUCCGCCGGGGAGCGGAAACCACGCGUGAAGGACAAGCACCUGCUGCAGCCGCCUCAGUGGAGGUACAAGACGCUGAAAGAGGAGAAGAAAGCGGCCGAGGAGGCCAAGACGGGGGAGAAGAAGAAGAAAAAGAAAAAGAAACGUUAAGGAGGGAGGUGUCAGGGUGGGGACGAGGUUUUUGCUGUCCCCUUGGAUCCGCUGGCUUUUCUGGCACAGGGGUGGUUUUGUUCCCGGAGGAUGGGAAUGUCCAAGGGAGGAGGAUGAUGAUGUGGGCGUACACACCCAGCUGAAAUAUCCCCGAGGGUUCACAGGCCCCUGCCUGGCCUCUUGUCCUCUCCACCCCAAGGGUGGCACAUGUUGUGCUGGGCACUGAUGUCCUGAGACCCUGGCCCAAGCUCCAGGAAUGCCAGGGAGCAGGAUUGUGGCACAAGUCCUUCCUGUGUUUUUUCCUCUUUCAUUUUUUUUUUUUCUUUUUUUUUUUUUUUUUUUGCCUCUUUGAUCUUCCCGAGCUCUCGAUUCCACAGCGUGCGUUGGAAUGUGGCUGAGCAAAUUAAAAUGGAAGUGGUUGCCAUGUUAACAGGAUUGAUUCCAUGAAUAAAGCUCAGGCUUGCUG